UAUUCAAAACAAACAUUUUUAUCAUUGUUUGUCUGUACUAACUUUCAUGCCUCUAAUGGUAUUAAUUAAAGCAUUAUAUUAGCGUCUUGUAAGCCAUUUUGAAGAGUUGAUUAAGAAAAAAUGUGGCCUUUUAGCAGAAAAGGGCCAUCUGGGUUUUCAUCUUCCUCUACAGCAGAGGAGGUUACUCAAAGAAUUGAUGGAACUGGUCUGACUGCCAUUAUCACAGGAGCAUCUAGUGGUAUUGGCACCGAAACUACGCGAGUUCUUGCAUUGCGCGGCGUACAUGUAAUCAUGGCAAUCAGGAACAUGGCUGCUGGAAAAGAUAUCAAAGAAUCAAUAGUAAAAGAAAUCCCUACUGCUAAAGUUGAUGCCAUGGAAUUGGAUCUCAGCUCAUUGUCAUCCGUGAGAAAAUUUGCAUCAGAUUUCAAAUCAUCAAAUCGUCCUCUGAACAUCUUAAUUGUUGUUUUUGUAUUGUCAAGUAACAAUGCAGGAGUUAUGGCAACACCAUUCAUGCUUUCAAAAGACAAAAUUGAACUACAGUUUGCAACCAACCACUUAGGUCAUUUUCUGUUGACAAAUCUUUUGUUGGAGACUAUGAAGAAAACAGCAAAGGAGAGUAAAAAAGAAGGAAGAAUACUAAAUGUUUCCUCAGUGGCUCACCGGUACCCAUAUUUUGAAGGAAUUCGCUUCGAUAAAAUUAACGAUAAACAAGGGUACAGUAGUAUAGCUGCAUAUGGACAAUCCAAGCUAGCUAAUGUUUUGCACGCCAAUGAGCUUGCAAGACGUUUAAAGGAAGAUAAUGUGAAUAUAACUGCAAAUUCACUUCACCCGGGUGUAAUCGUUACCAAUCUUUUCCGUUUUAAUGGCAUCGUCAACGGUCUUGUUAAUAUAGUGGGUAGACUUGUACUAAAAAAUGUCCACCAGGGGGCUGCAACAACGUGCUAUGUGGCGUUGAACCCACAAGUGAAGGGAGUAAGCGGUGAAUAUUUCGAAGACAGUAAUAUUUCCAAGGCAAGCACCAAGGGCAGAGACCAGGACUUGGCAAAGAAACUCUGGGAUUUCAGCCUCAAUUUGACACGAUGAUCAAUUAUUUCUGUAAACAAAAUAAACAAAAAUUAAAUGUUAAAGACCUAUGUUACUAGUUGAUUAACGCCUUGCCUUCUUUCUCAUAUACAUGAAAGAAAACGUACUUAAUUAUCUUGUCCCUCGCUAUCAAUAAUAAAUAAGUUUAACACAGUAAA